AAGAAUUUAGCCUUCCUUAAUCACAUAUUUUCUUUCUUGCGUUCAGAUUCUGAAAAUAAGAAGGCAACAGAGGCUUUGCGGUCUGCAAGUGGAGGAAGCCAUGGAAACUUAUUCAGCCAUUACUCUUUGGGGCUACCAAGAGACUCUCGAAGACUUGAAAAACAAGCUAUGGACAGCCAUGUGCGAGCUUGAAGAAGUAAAAAACAACGCCAGAGAUGAACUCAGAAAAAAAGAAGAAAACAUCAACCAAUUGCUUCAGCUGCUCAAAACAGCCAACCACGAAAGAGAUGAAGCCAAGGAGCAGCUUCAGCUUCUUCUCAACAACCUCACACAUCCCAACUCCGUCGAACCAUUUUCCUCAGCCCCUUUCCUCCAACCCGAAAGCCCGCAGCUUCUGCAAGCCUUCGGUUCCUCCAGCUUAACAGACUCCGAAAACCUCACAGAUCUUCACAACAAUCAGUCCCGCGUUUCAUCCCCAACCGUCGUCGAUUCCUUAGUCGAGGGCGCCUCCAUUUCCCCUGAUCUCUCCAUCGUGAACUUUACAGAGUCCUGCAAAGUCUUGAUGCCUCAGCAGCGUUUGAUGAACGUCAGCGCUUCUCCGACCAGCGCGGAAGAUGAAGUCAUGAAGGUUCUCUUCGAUCGAUUUGCGAAGAAGCCGCUGCCCGAAAAAGGCGGACUUUUGAAAGCUGUGAUCGACGCGGGACCAAUUCUCGACACACUUUUCGUCGCCGGAUCGCUUCCUCGGUGGAGGAAUCCUCCGCCGAUGAAGCCUUUGUUGGUUCCUCCGCUGUCUAUCAUAAGUGGUGAUGGUUUGAACAGUCAUAAUUCGAUGCAUCAUUGCAGUACAGGAGCACAGGCUGCAACAGCGUCGGCAACAAUGGCUUAUUAUGGCGUUAAUGGUACUCUUUGUAAGGCGAAGAGACCUCUUAUGGAACAUCAGCAGUGCUUAACUAUCAAUAGGCAGAAAUCACAGUAGUGUCGAUAGGCUUAGCUUUGAAUUUUUCAAGGCAGAGUUUAGACUUCCGAAUUAUGAUUACUGAAUUUGUAAAUGGAAGCCGUUAUUUUUAGAUGAAAAAAGUAAGCUUUUUUAUGUUCUCUGUAGUGAGCAGGGCUGUGUAUAUUCAUGGAUUUCGAAGGUAAAUAUUUGCAGGAUAAUUGCUGUAAAAUUUUUUGGUAGGGGGUGGAUGGAAUGUUCGGGGACAGAUAAACAUAUCGUGCUUCG